AUGGAUCUGAUGGAUCCAAUGGAUUUUAGUUAUAUAAAAAAAAUGGAUCCAAUGGAUCUGAUGGAUCCAAUGGAUUUUAGUUAUAUAAAAAAAAUGGAUCGAAUGGAUCUGAUGGAUCCAAUGGAUUUUAGUUAUAUAAAAAAAAUGGAUCUGAUGGAUCCGAUGGAUCCAAUGGAUUUUAGUUAUAUAAAAAAAAUGGAUCUGAUGGAUCCAAUGGAUUUUAGUUAUAUAAAAAAAAUGGAUCCAAUGGAUCUGAUGGAUCCAAUGGAUUUUAGUUAG